AUGCAAGAGGCACUAGCGCAACGCGCUUCAGUUACAUCACAGCUCCAAAAUGACCCGCACAACCCGCAUCUACAUCUAGAGCGCGGCCUAGUCCAUGAACGCUUGAGGUUCCCGGAUCUUGCAUCUGCGGAUGCUUAUCGCGCACUAUCCUUGCUGGAUUCUGUGGUUAAUCCGGAUGAGUGUGAGUUUCAUGCGCGGCGGAGGGUAGAGGUACCUUCUGCUGAUGAGGAGGGGAAGGAGGAGAAGGAGGAAGGGGAGGACGCGGAGGAGGAUGAGGGCUUCGCGCCGAUCACAACGGACGAAUACAACACGUUGAUCGGUCCCGUAUAUGCGCUUCUUGUACGCAGUCUCGUCCGGUGUGGGUGUCUACGAGAUGGGUUCGAGUUCGCGCUGCGCGGGUUAACUGUGUUGGAUGAGUUAUCGAGCACCACGGACAACGAGGGCUCAUCCGCAGCGCCCGCGCGAAAAGAACUCAAAGAUCAAAUCUCCCUGAUCAAGAAAUACCACUACGUCUCCGAGGGCGUCGAUCCCGAGACACAGUCUGGAGAAAUCUCCCCAGGUGCCCUAAAAGCGCAAGGCUCCGCGCGCCGAAUCCUCUACCCAUGGAACACUCAUGAACCAGAUCGCAAGUCGCCCGAGACGCUAUCUCUGCUCAAUGAGCGCCUCAAAUCUGUCGCGCCAAAGUGCGAAGUCCGCGCUGUGGCACUACCCGUCCUCCACCCCUCCUCAGCACCUGCGGGAGAAGCAAGUCCCGAGGAGGAAAUCUCGAUUCAACUCGGUCUCUUCGCGAAAGAAGACCUCCAUCCUGGCGAAACAAUCCUGCACGAAUCCUCCUUGUUAACAGCGACAAACCGCCUUCAUGACGACCUCUGCGACGCAUGCAACGGGCCCCUCCCGGAUCUCUCCGCCUCAAAUCCUGCAUUUCCCUGCGCAGAAUGCUCUGACACGAUCUUCUGCUCGGAGACCUGCCAUGAUCGCGCGCAAGAGGUCUACCACGGCGCUGUGUGCGGCCUCAUGGAGAACCUCGAGGCCAUUGGGAAGGAUAUCCCCGAUCCCAAGGAUAAGGCGGAUUAUCUGUACCUGCUGCUCCUGGGCCGUGCACUAGCAAUGGCUACUACACAAGACGUCCACCCGCUCGAACUCCCUGAGAUCAAAUAUAUCUGGGGCGAUUUCGUCCCCGAGGCUCCUGGAGAGGUAAGUCAGGGCUCGCUGCCGUUCAGCUUCCAGCUCAACAUCCUGCAGCCGAUGCGAUUUGUUGAGGAGAUGGAGCUUGACCCGUAUGUUACACUGAGUAAAUACGAUACGUGGGUGUUCAACACGCUGUAUGCGAAGUUCCGGGGUACGGCGUCGGGCAGACUUUCGACGUGGGAUGGCGGUCCCGAAUUGUGUGCUGUGCAUCCACUGUGGUGUUUGGCGAAUCACUCAUGUGAUCCGAAUGUGAGGUGGGAGUGGGGUGGUGAGAUUUGUUUUGUGGUUAGAAGUGAGGAGGAAAGGGUCAAGUGGGGGAGGGCGAGGAGGGUGAAGGCUGAGGCGGAGAAAGAAGGCAAAGUGGAAUGGGAGGAGAGGGAGGAAAAGGGGCGCGGUGAGGGGAUUAAGAAGGAUGCGGAGAUCCUGAACCAUUAUUGUGAUGUGGGCUUGGGGGUAAAGGAGAGGAGGGAGUGGGCAGCGGGGGCAUUGGGAGGAGCGUGCUUGUGUCGAAGGUGUGUUUGGGAGGCAGGUGAGGUGGAGGAGGAUGAUUUAUAA